CUGACGUAGGGACCUACAACCACCCACAAUGUUACCCUACGACGUACUGCUCCAUCUACUUGCUUUCUCCGACACUAGACAGCUGCUUUACCUCUCCCUUGUUAAUCGCGAAUUCAACUCUGCAGCUUCAAAACUGCUCUACUCGAAUGUGACAUUAUCGCCUCAUUUUUCAAGUCAAGAGCACGAUAGCAAUGGAUUGCCAUCUUGUCCAUCGCAAUUCAUUUCAGCUCUUUCACCAACAUACGCAACAUUGGUCAGGGAAUUGAGAGUUGGUGGCUUUUUAUCAAAAGCGGAACCUCCCAGAAACAAGUUAUACAGUGUAUUACAAGAAGCACUAACGCUCUUUACGAACGUGCAAUCAGUAACUUUCUUACCAAAAUGUUGGCCCGACAAUCUUUUCAGGGAACCUUUGAAUUUACUCCAGAGUUGUCGCUCUUUGAAACGGCUUGCAGUGAAUGCAUCUUGUUUCGAUGAUGAACUGGCAUCAGCUUUGGCAAUCUCACCCGCAGACAAUCCCUCAUCACUAUCCAGCAUCGCUGAAGACGACGGAGAAGACGACAGAGAAGAUCUUCCAGCACCUCUUUCCAAAGCUGAAAUCUUAGGCAGAACUACAGGUCUGACGACGCUCACUCUCAGCAAUCCCACAAGGAAGAUUCUUCAAGUCUUGAUCCCGUACUGGCUAAGCAGCCUUUCGGACAUGCUACUCGAACUUCACCUAUUGCACAACUGCGGAUCAAUCACUCCAGGCGUACUGAGCUCUGCUCUUCCUCACUUGCAGUCUUUACGUGCUCUUAGCAUCGGCCUAUCAUAUUCACUCACAGAUCACGACAUCUUCACAUCGCUCGCCCAACUACCCUGUUUGCAAACUUUAGCUCUCAACUACUACCCGCAAAACACCUCUCCACCCCGCUUCCCCGCACUUCUCGCACUCAAGUCUUUCACCGCCCAUUACCCUCGUCCAGAAACACGUAAAGACAGCGACCGUCUCGUAAAAUGGGUUAGGAAAGCUAUCCGUCAUUCUCCAAUAGAAAUCCUAUCCCUCGUGGAAGACUUCCCCCCCCUCGAACACCGCCCGGGUCCCAAUCCCAAUUUCGACGGGCUCAUUGACCAUCUGGUCUCGAUACACGCGAAGAGGUUGAGGAUUCUGGAUCUUCGCUCGUGCUUUGUAGGACAUCGUGCUUUGGAGAGGUUGUGUUUGAGUUGUGAGAAAUUAGAUUCUGUGCGGGUGGCUGGAGGGCGUGAAAUCCUGCCCACCUUCAUCGAAUCUGCAUCCAAUAUGUCUUCCUUGCACAGUGUAUCCUUCAGAAUUCGCAAGUUCAAAGUAUUUGACGAGGUUAUUGACGAUGAACUCGUUGCGAAGAUUAUGAAGAGUUCUCCGAUGCUGCGGGUGAUAGUCCUGAAUAACCAAAGAUGGGAGGGUUCAUGGUCGCACACGGAAGAUGGGGAUAUACAACUCGUGGUAAACCUCGAUAAAGGCUAUCUGCGUACCAAUGACGAUUCAAUGUUCCACGAGAAGGAACUAUAAAAGAAAUAAAUUAUCGACUGUUCACUGUCUCAAUACCCACUUCGCCAUACCUCUCGGUAUAGCCCAACGCACGAACCCACUGAAACCUCCUUCUUGAUCAUGAGUUCUUUUAUCCGCGUUCUUAGAACCACGUUCUCCCCCAGACCCCUCUGCACCAUCAACCCUCGACUGCCUUCGAAGAAAAUAAGGUAGCGGAAACACCAAAGACCGUUUGGGACGAGGAGGUCUACGACCAGGCUUUCUAGCUUUAAUCUCCCUUUGACGUGCACGGAAAACUUGAACCAAACCAGGCUUGGUGGGGUUCAAAGGAGGCUUUCGAGAUACCCGUUUAAAUUCUUCGAAUAACAUGCGUUUUAACAACUUUCGAUCCGUCCGUGUCAUUUCGGAUGUAUCGAAGGGGGAAAUAUCAUUUGCGCGGAUUAGGACUGUAGACUCUUCUGUUGGUGGUGGUCGCUUUCGUUUUCGGGAAGGAGGUUCUUUGUACCCACCGGGUUGGAGGAAUACAUUAGGAAGAGGGAUGAAAUCGGUUUGAGUGAGAGGUGCGAGUGGUGCGAGUGGUGCGUUGCCGCCGAAUGGGUUUGUAAAGACAGGAAGACUCAUGUCUGGGUAUCCGAUGGGUUUGGGUAGGUCGGAGAGGUCGCUAUACGUAGAAUCCGAGUCUUCUGAGAAUCGGGAACGAAGUUUUAGUGGGUCGUCUUCGGAAUCUCUUCGAUCGGCGCGAUCGCAGGUCGGUGUCGGUGUCGGUGUCGGUGUCUGCGGGGUUUCGUCUCCAACGUGAAUGUCAGGUGUACAUCCCAACGUUCCCCCACUCGUCUCGUUUGGCUGUCCGUUUCCAACCCCUUCUCCCAACAUAUGGUUCCAGUCCUCUCCAGCACUGCUACCCAGUUGGUUUCCUCUCUCCUCCUCCUCCUUUAUCCUCAGCUCCUCCAUCCACAUCCCAACCUGUUCCUCGUCUUUCACCCCCCCAGCGUCGGACAAAGUCCCCGUUUGUUGACCCGGGUUGCAAUUGGCAGCUGCUACCACUGGCACUGGCACAUUCGUGUAGUCUGUGAAUGGCUUAGUGGCAGUACCGUGACCGCCACGGUUAAUUCUCGUCGGCUCCUCGUGUUUCUGCGCCGACUUGGAGGGGAUGGAGAUGAUGGGCAUGUGGAGACCUGAAGAACGCAGUAGUGGCGUAGUUGAACUCGUUGCAUUGGCAGUCCCUGCGUAGAAAGCUGACCGCCGUUUCAGUGGAAUCUAUUUAUUGUAAAAACGUAUAAGCGAUGGAUGCGGGGACGGUUAUGGAUGGAUGUAUGGAUGUAUGGAUGUAUGGUACUCACGUUCUUUUCGUAUCUGGUGUUGUGAGAGUUGGCGUUUGCGUUUGCGGUUGCGUUUGAAGUCAUCGUCUGUUAAAAUGCGAGUGUUGGAAAGGAAAGGGUGGGGAACCAGAGCGAGCUGGCCAUGGGCUGGGCUUUUAAACUCCCCCUCCCCCUCAUACACGGAAACAAUGCCCCAAUCGCAUUGUGCCUGGACCGCAACAAUCAAAUGUGGCACCUCCAAAUUUGGCGGAUGCGGGCGAAGGUCUAUGCUUUGGCCUGUGGCACCUCGCUGUGGCCUUUCUUCCCUUCAUUGUUUUACAUAAAUUAUUAUUCGGUUGAUAUUGCCAUCGACUAUGAUCUGCG